CCCUCGACCUCCACAUAGAAAGAUGACAAAUUUUUACGGAUGAUGGGAUGAGAUACCGAUGUCGUCGCAACGAAGAUAGGCAGGUCGCUGCAAGUACUAGAUAAGCACAGCAUGACAGGAAAUGUGUUCCUCCCGAGCGUGGUUCUUUCGUCCUCUGCCGGUCGUGCGCAGGUGUACUCUUGUCUCACUUUUGUUGGUGGUCCAGCUCUUUUGUACGAGUGUAAUCGCCAAUGAUGGAGACAAAGCAGCGGAGCUGAUUGACCGCUUGAAGACCUACGAAGAUGCUACGUCCCCCGAGGAGACAGCCGCGCUGAAGCGGCAGCUUGCGUUCAGCAACGACUUCGAAUUUCGUGCGGCACAAAGGAACCACGCUCCGGCUAAGGCGCUCGGAAAAGGAACAGAGUGGGGCGCAGUCAAGCACGAAGUAAUAAGCGUGUAUCGCGUGAUAGCUCAGAAUGCAAGGUACAAAGCAGCGAAAGUCUGCUUACGAGCACCUGGGUCGCACGUGGAAGGGCAAGAGGCAAGCACCGUUCAACAGUGCGAUUUGUAUAAAAAGUAUGCAUUUCCUUUUGCGAGCGUGCAGCACAAUCUUCGGCCAGAUCAUUCGACUGUUGAGAAUCUGCUCGCCAGCUUGGACGAGCCACCGGUUGUCGGCGAUGUCGGUGUGGUGGAAAUGAAUCAAUCGACCAAAAGCAAAGAAAAUGCUUCUCCCCGUGAUAAUAAAGGCUUUCUAACCGGCAAAGGCGACUACAUCUUGUUGCCCGGAUGGUUUAACACGAAACCCGCUCAGGUACCGCGUUUCUUUUGCCCUCUCGAUGUGCCCAUUGCGGUCGCUGUGGCACCAAAAUGCGGGAGCAGUCAAGUGCGACGUUGGAUGUCGUUGUUCGAACAGCUGCCAGCUCGUGCAGCUGCUCAUCGACGACACUACGUCUCACAAGUGGCAAGCGAGUUUCUGGCUGGCAAGCCACCACUGCUUGAAGACGAGGACACAACAGCCGCUAACCGCGUCCGCCGAGGGCUUGAAAAGCUGGCAGCACUGCACUACAAGUAUUUGCAGUACGCGGAGCCAAGCUUUGCGUCUGUGGCAACGACGGAUUUCAGCUACCACGUCAUUCGUGAGGACCUUGACGCGCUCCACCGCAAGGACCAUAUCUAUCGCUAUCUCGCGCGCUUCUUCAGUACAGACUACGAUGACGCGUGGGAUAAGGAGGAUCCAAGAAAAGGAGUUGACGGAAUCCCGAAUGUGAACUUCAUGUUGGCCACCAAUCUUGGCGCAAUCCUAAACGCACUAGUUGCUCAACCAGAUUUAGAAGAGCUGACCAACGCCAAAAGUACCAAUGUGGGAGACCAUCAAAGCCACGACCAGAACGAAGACCAAUGGCGAACUGCCCGGGCCGUGUGGAGCAGCAGUGAGCACAAGUGUGGAAAUGCUAUUCGAGAACUACUGCAGACAACUCUGCGGGCUGGAGCGGGGCUGGUUGAAAGUAAGGGAACGUUUUUUCACAUGCUGGGCGUCCCUGCCCUCCUGGAUGAUACACAGCAGAGUUCCGAUCAUAGUUCCUUGACGCAGUUUUGGAGCGAAUGCUUGAGCGCACAAGCUGCCUCCAGCGAGCACAUAACAGAUGGCCCUAUGGACGACUCCCUUGUGCCUUUGCACGAAGAGGCGCGCGACUACUACACGAAAGCGCGAAAAGUGUACUACAUGUGGCAAGUGUACUGGUAUCUUCGCAACUCGGAACAGCCCAUAGGCUGGUUGCCACUGCCUGAAGCCCUAUCGCCGACUUACUGUGAGCAUGGCGCGGGAAGGUUGAAGGUCUUUAUUGUUCGGAACCCACUGGAACGGUUGUACAGCUACUACAAGAACUUUAUCGCGUCAGCGCAAGCUGUGUAUGCUGAUGCGAGCGGCUCACGCGAUGCUCCAUCCGGGGAUGACGGAGACGCACAAAACCAAACUGCCGAUGAUUCAGCUGUGAAGGGCGAUGUCUCGAGCAGCGCCUUUCCUUUUCCUUCAUGGCUGUCACAGCUGUUUGAUUAUCUGGAAUGCCUGGAGGGUGCUUAUAGGUCAACCGCAGUUACUGGAACGCACCCAGAUAUCCCUGCUUCUCUGCGCGGUUGGCCGCGUGCUUUGGAACACCUGGUGAACCAAAUCACGUCAGACUACCUGCGCAAGGAAAAUGAGCAGCGUCCUACUAUUCAGCCUGGGGAAAGCAGUGCUGUGUCAGGGUCUUCAACCGAUGGAGGCGGACACAUAGAAGUUAUGGCAGAGCACCUGUCGGGAUCGGGUAAGGCGACGCGGCGGCCUAUACAGUUGCACGAUAUCGACAUUAUUUACAACGAGAAAAUUUGCAAGCACGCGCAGCCGACAACCGAUGCGCCGGAUCGAUGGAAGCGACUGAGCAUCGACGACAUUGCCCACGUGGCCUCUGCGUUCGAGGGUUUUGUCCGCAGAGAUGUUCUGGUCCUCAGUGACGCUCUAGAGUUUGGUGCGCAGUCAACUGCUGGAGACGGCAACGGCGAGCAACAUUUGAAAAGUGGAGGAGAAAGAGGCGAAACCCUGCGGCCAGACGUUGCGGUGCUACGACUGGAACACUUGGCUGAAGAUUUCAGUUUAUUGGGGGAGAGGCUGAAGGAUUUCGAUUUGCCUCCUUUUCCGAGUGUCAAUAGCACGAAGCGAACUACAACCUUGGAACCUGAAUUGCGUGAACACUACGGCAAUCUGGACCCGAGGCUAAAGGAGGGUCUCCUGCAGAAGUAUGAACUGGAUUUAGAAUUUUAUCCCACCAACGGCAAAGCUUUUCUCUUGUAAGGUUGUUAUGUUUGCAUGAUGGCAACAUCUAUGAUUGAUUUUGAUAUAAAAGGCACAGCGAGAUUGAAAUGUUUCGUGGCCACCUGCUUGCGUUUGCUUGCGAGUAUGUUGUCUCGGUGAGACCUCUAGCGCUAUGGCGCAUGGAUUGUGGAGUUUGUGGAGAAUGAUGCGGGCCUGGUGAUCCGCAUAUCAACCUAUUAGCAAU